AUGGGUGAUGAAGGUGUAUCAAGUUUAGGUUUUGGUUUAGGAAAGUGCAUUAAUCUCUCAGAUUUGACUCUUGAACUUUCAGAAAAUUAAAUUGGUGCAAUUGGUGCAUCAGGCUUAUGUUCUGGUUUAGGAAAAUGCUCUAAUCUCUAGAAUUUGACACUUCAACUUCAGCGAAAUCAAAUUGGCGAAGAAGGUGUAUCAGACUUAUGUUUUGGUUUAGGAUAGUGCACUAAUCUCUAAAAUUUGGCACUACAUCUUGAGUCUAAUAAAAUUGGCCCAAAGGGUGCAUCAUUUUUAGGUUCUGGUUUAGGAAAAUGCGCUAAUCUCUCUAAAUUGACACUUUAUCUUUAUAACAAUAAUAUUGGUAAUGAAGGGUCAGCAGGCUUAGGUACUGGCUUAGGAAAUAGCUCUAAUCUCUCAAGCUUGAUACUUAAAAUGAAAGAUAAUAAUAUUGGUGCAAUUGGUAUAAGUAGUUUAGGUUAUGGCUUGGGAAAAUGCAAUAAACUCUCAUAUUUUGAACUUUCUCUUGAGGGUAAUAUUAUUUGUGCAACUGGUGCAUCAGGCAUAGGUUCUGGUUUAGCAAAAUGCACUACCCUUUCAAAUUUAAUACUUUAUCUUAGGAGUAGUAAUAUUGGUGGAAAUAGUGUAUCAGGCUUAGGUUCUGGUUUAGCAAAUUGCACUAAUCUUUCAAAUUUGACAAUUUAUUUUGAGUCUAAUUAAAUUGGCGAUGAAGGUCUAUCAUACUUAGGUUAUGGUUUAGGAAAAUGCACUAAUCUCACAAAUUUGACACUUUAUCUUGAGGCCAAUAAUAUUGGAGGUGAUGCAGGCUUUGGUUCUGGUUUAGCAAAUUGCACUAAUCUCUCAAAUUUGACACUUUGUAUGAGGAAUGAGGUAUUAAGAUUUUUAGUAAAAAUCAAAAGUGAAAGAUAAAAGAGUAACAAUAAAAUUAGUGCAACUGGUGGAUCAAGCUUAGGCUCUGGUUUAAGAAAGUGUGCUAAUCUUUCAAAUUUGACACUUUAUCUUGAUAACAAUAAAAUUGGUCAAACUGGUGCAUCAGGUUUAGGUUCUUGUCUAGGAAAGUGUACUCAUCUCUCAAAUUUAACACUUCAUCUUCAUAACAAUAAAAUUGGUGAUGAAGGAGUAUCAGGUUUAGGUUCUGGUCUAGGGAAGUGUACUAAUCUCUAAAAUUUAACACUUAAACUAUCGAAAAAUUAAAUUGAUGCAAAUGGUACAUCAGGUUUAUGUUCUGGUUUAGGAAAGUGCACUAAUCUCUCAAAUUUAACACUUCAUCUUAAGGGUAAUAAUAUUGGUGCAGCUGGUAAAUUUGGCUUAUGUUCUGGUUUAGGAAAGUGCACUAAACUCUCCAAUUUGGCACUUUAUCUUUAUGUAUCAAAUCAAAAAGAUUAGUUAAAUUUCUAGUAAGUUUUUGUUGGUGAUAAAAAUGUGGCGAAAAACUGA